UCCCUCAGCUACACAGAAAGCCACAGGCGGGAGCUGCCAGCACAGGUGUGUAGACAAGUCGUCCUGUGGCCACAAGUGCUGUAAGCCCAAGAGGAGAGCGGCUGUGGACAUGGCGGAGGGUCAGGGCAACAAACAGGCCAGGGUGGAGUCUUACUUCCCGCAGCAGACCAAGGACGUGAGGGAGGCCUACGCCCUCAUGAGGAAACACGGCUCUUUUCAUGGUUCAGGGAGGAUCAGCCUGCAGAAGUUUGCUUUUAAAAAGUCAGAAACCCCGAAGAUAGCAGGCGUUGGCUCGUCUGAACCACCAGCGCCUGACUCGUGUGAGCUGGAUGAUGACUGUAGCGAUCACACGGUUGACUGUGGCGAGUGUGACAAUGACUCGGCCUCCGACGUCAUCUGCAUGGACGACUUGUGGAGCGGGGAGCCCCCGGAAUCAUCAUUAAGCCAUAAUAGUCACAAUCCUUCCUGUAAAGACAGUGAGAAGUUCGCCAAUAGGAGGACUCCCCGCUCACACGUUCCUGCAAAAGGACCAUCUGAAACCACUACUACUACCAGCGUGUCUAUUCCAGGAAAGAACCAUAACGCCCAGGGGAAAUCCAACUCUAACGUCUCAGUGGAUACAACUCGUGGUUUUCAUCAUAAAGGAAUGUUGGAGAUGGCUCAUUUUUCUAAUGGUAGACCCAAAAACAAAUUUAGGAGUUCAGAUGAAAUUUGCGACUUCCAGAACAAUCGCAAUAUUGCAAAAGUUAUUAAGAAUGGUGACCUCGGCCCAGAGGAUGAGGCUGUGUGGGACCUUGGGGAGUCUUCUAUAGAGUGGACAUCUCCGACUUCACCAGCGGACAGACAUGGGUGUUUGGAGGAGGACAGGGACGGGGACAAGGGUAAAGGUCAACGGCUGGGAAAGGGUGGCCCUGGUGAUCCUGAUGGCCAGACGACCUCGGACGUCCUCAAUCGAAAAGUUCAUCAACCCAGUGGUCUCCAGUGUGAUCAGAUUCAGGGAAGUGGAUGGAACGAGCUGGACUCUUUUGUUCAGAGGCGACAAUCUCUCUUUGCUUCGGGUGAACUCCCGUAUCUGCACAGUGACCCCAGCUCUGACCUUGACCCCACUAUGUAA